CGUGACCCCCUCAAUUCUUUCUCUAAUUUGUUACUUCCCCCCACCCCCAAUCAUUAUUAUUAAACCCCCUGUACAAUGGAUUACCCAUAAUUUGGAAUCAACCGCAACUCCAGAAAUCCUUCUGCCCGCUCCAUAUUCUGCUCCUCAUAACUUUGCCGAAACGCGAAAGAGUUGAGAGCUAUGGCUUUUGACUGUAACGAGAGGAAAACUCUGCUUUUCUCUGAUUUGUUCAAACCUCAUCGAAAUACUAUCAUGUCGAAAUUGGAAGGCUCAAGCUCGAGCUCGAGCUCGAAUCUGUCUUCGUCUUGUGAUUCGUCAUCCUCGGGUUUCAGCACGCCGUUGUAUUCGGAUUUGGGGUCAUCCGAAGGCGACGACGACGGAGACUUCAUCGCCGAGUUGACUCGUCAGAUGGCUGAGUGCAUGCUGCAAGAAGAAGAAGAAAACGCAGAUGUAAACCACGUUUUUGAGGGAAGUCGGCCUGCGAAAAGUAAGAAAGAGAGGAGUGAUGUGGAUUCUGGCGGCGUUCAAUAUUCCAGCCCAGUCUGCGUUAACAAUGGAAGGCCGCCGAUUCAAGUGUAUGAGUUGAAAAAUCAACCAGAAGUAGUAUGCAAAGAGAGACGACGAGCCAAAGGGACCGAGUCGACUCAGCAGAAACAGCUUCCGAAAACAGAGCAACAGCACUAUAUGCAAUACAGAGGGAGAGAAUGGGGAAUUAGCCAUGGGCACUCCGGGUCAGGUAUGCAGGCCGUUUUUCUUGGUGGAUCCGGAUCGAGAACUGGGUCUCCUGGCACCGGAGUCUUUUUGCCUCGUGGAGCUAGAGAUCCGACUCACCUCAAAAAGAAAUCGGGUUGCUCAAUGGUUCUGAUGCCCACAAGAGUUUUGCAAGUUUUGGAACUACAUUUCAAUCGAGUGCAAGAUUCCUCCGGCGCCCCACCCUCAUCAACUGGUACUGAUGAAUCCACAAGAAAGGAUGUGCUACCAAAUGGAGAUUCAGAUCUCCCUGCAAAUAGCGACGAGAUGCGACUGCCGCAAGAAUGGACGUACUAGCUACUAGCUAGCGCGCGCAUGCCCUACCGUCUACCGCUACCGCUGCGUACUAAUAAUGUGUCGUUUGUCUAAUCUGUACAUCUUUCGGCAGCUACACAUGGAAGCAUUUAUGUAGAGCCAGAUGGGACACAAGAAGGCAAUUAAGAUAAUAAUAUGUCCCAAUCACCAAAAAGGUAAGAGAAUAUUAACUCAAAUCGAGUUUAAUCGAAUCUGAAUUAACUAUAUGGCAAGUACAAUACAUUUGUUGUAUGAUUUGUGUACACUUUAUGAAAAACAACCAAUCACAUGACAAGUGUAUUACACUUGCUUUAUAAUUGAUUUGAUUCGAUCAAAUUUAAUUUGAGUAAAAAUUUCAAAAAAUAUAUAUAUAAUAAAUAGGGUUGUAACGAAUGAUUCCAUGGCUCCCAUUUUCUCUUUGUAAAUUGAUUAUAUGAAAAUGGGGCCAAGAAAGCCCUUGAUGAUGAUGAUGAUGAUGAUGAUGAAUAAAGGGUAUAAGUGGUGCAAGUUGCAUGGUUCAUAUUUAUAUAUAAAUUUCAAGGGUUUGUUUUCUUUUGGGAUGAAUCGUAGUUUAAAUCAGUGUUGUUAUUGGAGGAA